AUGUCGCCGGCGUGGCUGGUCGUCAGGUAUCCAACAAGCCGGGCUCCAAGCUUUUGGAGGAGACGGUCGAGCAGUGGCGCAGGGCCCAUGGGUGUCAACAUCGACGGAGCCUUUCACUGUUCCCGUGCCGCCGUCAAGUUGAUGCAGAGCACGCCCGAGGAUUCCAACCCGGCCAUUGUCAACGUGGCCUCCAUGGCCACGAUUUUCCAUUCCGGCGGCAACUUUGGAUACGGCACCGCCAAAGCCGGCCUCGUCCAUUUCACCACGAGCGCGGUCGAGGACCUCUACAACCUGGGCAUCCGCGUCAACUGCUGCAGUCCCGGGACGACCAACACGCCGAUCCUCGACAAUGCGUUUGAAGGGCAGAACAGGGGACGAAAGCAUCAAGAUGCUUCAGUCGCAGGGUUUCAAGGCCAUGGAGCCGUCGAGCAUUGCCCCGGGUGA